GUCUGCUCUUCCGACUGCGAGCAAUAAUCGGCUUGUUUGGUAUUUGACGUAGUAUUGUCUGCAUAAUUGUUAGCAUUAAAGCUUCUAAUCAACAACAUGAAGUACUUAAUCCUUUUGGCUGCCCUUUUGGGAGUAUCCUAUGCCGGUGUGGUCAAACGCCAAGCCCAAAGUCCUGGAGUGUGGAGCGCCUUGGAUCAGCUACGUGGUAAAGCCCGACUGGGAAUCGAAGACAUCCGGAAUUUAUUAGCCAACGCCAAAGCUGGCCAGGACUAUCCUAACCUUAGCGAAAUCCCUGCCGGAAAUUUUGAUUGCGCAUCCGUUAAGCCUGGCUUUUAUGCCGAUGUUGACACCAAAUGCCAAGUUAUCCGACGCUGUGACAUCAAUGGAAACCAGACUGCUUAUCUGUGCCCUAACUUAACAAUCUUCAACCAAAUUACGCUGGUCUGCCACUGGUUCUACGAUGUGGACUGCUCGAAAGCCAAGAGCUUCUAUGACUACUCCAACAGCCGAUUGUACCAAGGUCACGAUGUCCGCCUGCUGGAUGAUGAGGACAGCUACAAGAUUGCCGACAGCCUCGGCGCUGUAGCCCCCGAUCAGGCCUCAUCUCCACCGGCUAAGGCUGCGUCCGGAGGAAAGAAGAAGGGCGCCAAGGCCAAGGCCAAGGCCGAAGAGAAGGCUCCCGAAAAAGCCGCUGAUGCUGCAGCACCCGCCGCCGCUGAUGCCGCUCCGGCUGCUGACGCCGCUCCGGCUGCGGCCGCCCCCGCUGGAGGAGACGCCGCUGCUUCGGCAUAAAGCGUGCUUGUUAAUUGCUCAGUGCAUGUGAAUAUAGUAUUAACACGUUGUGUGAAUCUUGGGAAAGUUGCCUGCCAUGUUGAGGAAGGCUUGUGACUUGUACAGUGAUGUAGGUAUUACUUCGCUAUUUCUGGAAAAUAGUUGCUUGUUUUCAAAUAAUCAAAAUAAUUUUCUUUUUCUUGCUGCAGAUUAAAGAUUAAACAAACAAACUCUA